UUACAAAAAAGAAAUUAGGGAAUGACAGCACUCCAAAUUCCAAAAGGUGUAAAGCAAUUCUAGGCAUAUAUACCAGCCUACAUAAUCCACCCCACGCCUUUGAGAUAAUUACAACUCUACCCUGAGAAUAAUCUAUUUUCGUGCUCACUGUUAUCAAUAUAUACCGUAAUUUUAUUGUUCUGCAAGGGUAUUUAUUAUCUCUUUUUUAAACUCCAGCACAACCACCACACUCCUCCCUCUUCCACCACCUCACCACCUUUUUCCUCCCAAUUCUCCAUUAUCACACACAUCAAUACGUCGACGUUUUGAUAUUUGUACGAUGCCGGAGAUAGAAAGGCACAGAACAAGGCAUAGCCGACCGGCGAUUCGAGAACCGGUAAAACCCAGAGUACCACUGAGACUACUGUUUCGAGUAGCUUCGGUAGCCGGUGGAAUUCAAUUCGGCUGGGCUUUACAACUAUCACUGCUCACACCUUACGUGCAAGAGCUUGGAAUACCGCAUGCUUGGGCGAGCAUAAUAUGGCUCUGUGGACCGCUUUCAGGUUUACUGGUUCAGCCUUUAGUAGGUCACAUGAGUGACAAGUGCACAAGUCGGUUCGGUCGCCGGCGUCCGUUUAUUCUCGCCGGAGCAUUAUCGAUCAUGAUUGCGGUGUUGAUUAUCGGUUUCUCUGCUGAUAUUGGCUGGCUUUUAGGUGAUCGAGGUGAAAUAAAAGUGCGAGCAAUAGCGGCGUUUGUUGUAGGGUUUUGGCUUCUCGAUGUUGCUAAUAAUAUGACUCAAGGACCUUGCAGAGCUCUUCUUGCUGAUCUUACACAAAAGGAUCAUAGAAGAACUCGGGUAGCAAAUGCAUAUUUUUCCUUAUUUAUGGCCAUUGGGAACAUCCUUGGCUUUGCAACUGGAUCUUACAGUGGCUGGUUCAAGAUCUUCCCUUUCACCCUCAAUUCUGCAUGCACCAUCAACUGUGCCAAUCUAAAGGCUGCUUUUAUUAUCGACAUUAUUUUUAUUGCAGCAACUACAUGUAUUAGCAUAUCGGCAGCCAAUGAGCAGCCUCUAGAUCCCAGUCGGGGUUCCUCUCAUACUGGAGAAGAGAUUGCCGAAUCAAGCCAUGGUCAAGAAGAAGCUUUUCUCUGGGAGUUGUUUGGAAUUUUCAAGUAUUUCCCAGCUGUUGUUUGGGUCAUCCUGCUUGUCACUGCCCUAACAUGGAUUGGAUGGUUUCCGUUUCUUUUGUUCGAUACUGACUGGUUUGGUCGAGAAAUUUAUGGUGGUGAACCAAAUGACGGAAAGAAUUAUAGUGCAGGAGUCCGAAUGGGUUCAUUGGGUCUAAUGUUGAAUUCUGUGCUUCUUGGAAUAACUUCAUUGUUCAUGGAGAAGCUCUGUCGAAAAUGGGGGGCUGGUUUCACGUGGGGAGUUUCAAACGUGGUCAUGUCUCUCUGCUUUAUAGCCAUGCUUAUAAUUACUGCUGUUAGGAGUAACAUAGACAUUGGCCAGGGUCUUCCUCCUGAUGGCAUUGUUAUUGCUGCGCUAGUUGUAUUUUCUAUUCUUGGGAUCCCACUAGCUAUUACAUACAGUGUUCCAUAUGCUUUAGUAUCAUCAAGGAUUGAAGCUCUAGGGCUUGGACAAGGCUUGUCAAUGGGCGUUCUGAACCUGGCAAUUGUGUUCCCACAGAUCGUGGUUUCACUUGGAAGUGGGCCAUGGGAUGAGCUAUUUGGUGGAGGCAAUUCACCAGCCUUUGUUGUGGCUGCGCUUUCAGCAUUUGCUGGUGGACUUAUAGCCAUCUUGGCGAUUCCUCGAACACGGGUUGAGAAACCCAAGAUCUUUGCAUGAGCCUGUUAUUCAAAAGCUUCCUUUUAGUGCGAACCUGGUCUGGAACUAAUUUACCCACAAGUGAUGAUUGCUUUGAUCAAAAUCAUCUAAUGAGAUUGGAACCAACAACUCUUACGCCACAAUUCCAAACUAGUUCGUGACACAAUCUAUUUCAAUCCAUUUGGAACCAUUUCAUUCCAAUAUUCAAUAGCUUAGUGUUCUCUUUCACUAGAUGUACUCUGCAAUUUCUACUGGUGUGUACAUACAUCUAAACAGAUAACAAAAACUUGUUGAACCUAAUGCAAGUAUACCAUCGUGACCAAGUUUUAUCCCAACUUGUUAGUAUCGUCUACAUGAUGAGGAUUGACUAGCUUUACACUGGUGGUAAAUCUGUUGCUAUUCUCCUCCUCCAAUUGGGUUUGAAUUGACAAUGUGAACAAACUCACACAGGCAAAGUAAAUAAACACAUAAAAGGAAAAUUCGAAGUCUAGAAUCCACUUCAUGCUUGAUGUUUACAAUGUGAUCUCAGUAAGUAACGUACACCUGUAGUAUGUUUUUGUAGAGGAGAACUCGUUUGUGUUUGUUAUACGUUUUU